AUGUUCGACUUCGACUCCCUCGAACCCCACAUUCGGACCAUUCUCUCUGCGCCUGGCGUUGACCUGAAGACGGUCAGCGCUAAGCGCGUCCGCAAGGAGCUCAUCGGCCGCGAGCCUGAGCUCACCGCCGACUUCAUCAAGGAGAACAAGUCUGAGAUAGACGCGGUUAUCGGGCGCGUCUUUGAGCAGGUCAACCCGCCGGACCAGGAGUCUGAGGUGGAAGAGGAGCCUGAGGAGGAGGUGAAGCCCGCGGAGAAGCCGUCUCGCAAGCGGAAGCACUCAGGGGAGGACGAGGACGAGGGGACGGAGGGGCAGACGGGGGACGAUGACGAAGAAGAGGAGGAAGAAGAGGAGAAGCCGAAGCCCAAGAAGAAGAAGAAGAAAGCCUCGUCGAGCACCAUGUCCGACGCGGAACUCGCGCGCAAGCUCUCAGGGGAGAUCAAUGGACGCGCCCGACGAACGAAGGCCCGCAACGCUUCCCCACGCAAGCAGAAGAAGAGCGCGGCCACCGUCGACUCGGACGACGAGGAUGGCGAAGAGGGGGGAAAGAAGAAGAAAAGGAAGGCAAGCGGGGGCGGCGCGAAGGGCGGCUUCGCCAAAGAAUUCGCGUUGAGCGAGCCCCUGUCUGCGGUAUUGAACGAGCAAAAGUUAUCGCGCCCACAGGUUGUGAAGCAGCUUUGGGUCUACAUCAAGGCCAACGAGCUGCAGAACCCCAGCAACAAGCGUGAGAUCGUAUGUGACGACGCAUUGAGGCGCGUCUUCAACACGGACAAGAUCGACAUGUUUAAGAUGAACAAGGAGCUGGGCAGCCAUCUGUACGACGCCGCAAACUCCUGA